CCGGACGUGGAGGGCCCAACCCGGGGAGCCGCAGCGCGGCGGCGCAGUCGCUCCCGCCCGGGCCUGCCCUGUCCCUGUCCCCGGUCUCGUCCCCAGUCCCGGUCCCGCCCCGGCCCGGCCCGGCCCCGCCCGCUUCUCUCGGCAUGGCGGCGGCGGGCGGCGGCGGCAGGAGCUGCUUCGUGCUGGGCGCCUCGGGGGAGACGGGCCGGACGCUGCUGCGGGAGCUGCUGGCGCGGCGGGCCUUCGCCCGGGUCACGCUGAUCGGGCGGCGCCGGCUGAGCCUGGGCCAGGCGGAGGCGGCCGUGGAGCAGGCGGUGGUGGACUUCGAGCGGCUGGGCGAGCACGCCGCUGCCUUCCAGGGACACGACGUGGGCUUCUGCUGCCUGGGCACCACCAGGGCCAAGGCUGGCGCAGACGGCUUUGUCCGUGUGGAUCGGGACUACGUGGCACAGGCAGCAGAGCUGGCACGGGCAGGGGGCUGCAAACACUUUGUCCUGCAGUCCUCCCAGGGGGCAAACGCGCAGAGCCACUUCCUCUACCUCCGCGUGAAGGGAGAAGUGGAAAACCUGGUCCAGGCUGUUGGUUUUGAACGCUGUACCAUUCUCCGCCCAGCGGUGCUGCUGUGCAAGCGCCAGGAGUCCCGGCCUAUGGAGUGGAUAGCCCAGCAGUUCUUGGGGGCUGUGGCUCGGGUGUGCCCCACCGCUUACUCAGUGCCUGUGGAAACGGUGGCCAAGGCUAUGGUGGCCUGUGUGCUGCAGCCAGGCGAGGAGAAGGUGAAGGUGCUGGAAAAUGGGGCCAUCCAUGAGCUGGGAAAGGCAGUGCCACAGCAGAGCACAUAGAGCAAAAGUGAUGGCAGGCAGGAGCUUGGUUCACCGUUCGGAUGCUCUGUGGGCUGAGAACGAAUGCACACACGGGAGAGGUGUGGGGCACUUGUAUGGCUAGCAUGGAGCCAGAGGUAGAUCCACUUCUUUGCGUGGUGGCUGAUUCUGUCAGGGGAUCAAAAAUGCAGGUGCUGGGUGUGGAUAAACAAUGUGCUCUGGUGCCUGGAUCCAUAACAUGAAUACAGAUAAAGAUGAUGUAAUCCAGGCCUUGAAUAAAACCCUAUGACUGA